AUGGUCAAGCGUCGACGUGGCCGAGAUGGUCUAGAGACCCUCCUUCUCGACGAUGACGAUGACGACAGAGAGGCAACCGCCCGAAAUCGACGACGGCCUGCGCCAACAGCACCUCCACAGGAAGAAGUAUAUCGUCGAAUCGACUACGCCUCUUCAACUGCCCAUGUCUCAGCAAGGACGACAUAUAUGUCUGUCGCGGCGUCCUCUGCUUCACACGAAAGACCGAGCGCCACAAAGCCUUCGGAUGCGACUCUUCAUUCGGUAUUCGGAGACUUGGACCUCGGUGAUGAUCCAGACGAGCCGUUUGAGACCAUGCAAAUCGAAUUCUUCCAUGAUAUUGCGGACUUCGUCGAUGAACAUGUCAAACGCAAACGAACAGCCGGGGACAACCCUCUCCGUGAAUGGACCCCCGAGAUUGAUGAUUGGCUAGCAGAGAUGCUCCGGCUGGAAGGCCGUUGUGGAUACUCGGACACCAGCUGUGCCCGAUGCGGGUCGGAUGAAUCACCAUUCCGUUGCCACGAUUGCUUGGAUGGCCGAAUGUACUGUCAGAGCUGUGUGCUCUGUCAGCAUCAGGCCCUCCCCUUUCAUCGAAUGGAGAAGUGGCAAGCCGAUGCUCAGUAUUUUGCGAAGGUUGAUCUCAAGAGUCUCGGCCUACGAAUUCAGCUUGGACACCCCCCCGGCGAGACCUGCGUCAACCCGGAGAAAGCGUUCGGGGACGACUUCGUUGUUCUCGACGUCUCAGGCAUUCACUGCGUUGGGCUCGACUUCUGUGGCUGUGCUCAUGCCCAAUCUCGCACGCUGCAACUUCUGCGCGCCAGGCUAUUCCCAGCGACACCUACCUCUCUCAAAACUGCAGCUACAUUCGCCCUCCUCCGCCACUUCCAUCUCCUGUCCAUCCAAGCGAAUGUAUCUGGGUUCGAGUUCCAUACGACCCUUGCGCGCCUGACCGACAACACGGGCGUGGACCCUCCACCGGACCGCUAUCCGUCUUUGAUGCGGAUGAUGCGGAUGUGGCGAAAUCUCCGCAUGUUCAAAAGGGCUGGUCGCGGGCAUGAUGCCGCCGGAGUCAAAGCGACUGCGCCUGGCGAGUGCGCUGUCGUUUGCCCGGCAUGUCCCCACCCUGGCAAAAAUCUGCCAGAUGACUGGCAGACUGCACCACCUGAGCGACAGUGGCUUUACCGGCUUUUCGUUGGCAUCGACGCAAACUUCCGGCUCAAACGCCGCGCAGUCUCUACCAACGAACGCGAUCCAGGGCUAAACCGGGGCUAUGCUUACUUCGUCGAGGAGGCAGGUUACAAGGAACAUCUCCAGAAGUACAGUGAUCUCGUGCAGGAGACGAGUAGCACCUGCAACAACCAUGAUGCCGUAAGGCUUGUAAACUCGAAGGGACGCGAGACGACGGAUGCUACCGGCAUCGUAACAAUCGAAUGUACCCGCCACGACAUGAAGAGACCAUGCUCGGUUGGCGAUCUUCAAAAAGGGGAAAGAUACGUGAACACUGACUACAUUUUUCAGUCCAGCAUUCGAGAUAGCGAUCACGUCGUACUGGUCGUAUCGUAUGACAUUGCGUGCCAAUGGUCUGUCCAUUUUUGGGAGCGCAUGCAAAAGUAUGACCCGCAGUGGGACCGCGCCCGUCGCCAGUUCAUAUUUCUCAUCCCUAAGUUUCACCUCCCUGCCCACCAGGCCAGCUGCCGCGAGGACUACUCAUUCAACUACACCAAGUAUGUCGGUCGCACUGACGGCGAAGCCGUUGAACGCGGAUGGUCCGCCGUAAACGGCUUCUCGGGAAGCACGCGGGACAUGGGGCCGGGCGCGCGCCGAGACCUGCUCGACGAUGUCUUCGCCGAUUAUAACUGGCGAAAGAUCACUCGGCUACCGGCGGCGAUGUUGACGAAGGUCAAGAAUGUCGGCGAACAGCGCAGCAAGAAGGUACUUGCCUUCGAGGCAUUCAAUGAGAAGAUGGACCCCGAACGCAGGUCAGCUUGGAAGACCCAGGUUGAGACUUGGGAGUCUACCGGCGGCGCAAGUCCCAAUCCGUUUGCCAUCACACGCCGGCCAAUUACCAUGGCCGCCGUUCGCUUGAAGCUCGCCGAGCGCGAGGCAGAAGAGAUCGACGCACGAAACAAGGCCAGGAAACAGAAUACGCUGCCGGCUGCCUCUCUUGACGACCUCAUCUCACCUUACGCUCUCCUGUCCCAAGGCCUCGAUCACGAGGAAGAGCAGCUCAAGGCAAAGAAAGCUAACCUCGGCUCGCGCGCGACAGACUUGCAGAAAGGCGAUGUGAUUGUCACCCGGAACGCUUUACAACGUACGAUUGAGGCCUGGCAGACAGCACAGCAGUUGUAUAUGCCGACUGUAGCGGCUCAUCGUUCUCGGGACGCUGCUUUGCCAGACCGUUCGUCCUUGGCGGAGGACCUCCCACUGUACCUGCCGUCAGACGUUGUAGACCUGCUCCCUGUCGACCAGAAGCUGCAGGAGAUCGAGUGGGAGCUACGAGUGGGGAUCGCCCACGACGCACUGGAGGAUGUUCGCCGCUUCGUCUGCGCGAGGCGGAAGCUACUCGAGGUGAAGGGUCGUUUCAUCAGUGGCCAACACCACAAUACACGUGCGCGCGGUGUCAUCAAGAGGUGCGAAACGAAGAUCACCCAGGCAAGGUCAAAGUACGACGCAUGCUACGACGCUCUCACCAGGCUGGCUCCGGCGCUGGACAAGACAGGCUGGAGGAGAGAGAUUGGACUGCAGAAACUCGAAGACAAGGACGUGCGACACAUUUCCGACCCCGAUCCAGAGGAGGAAGACGAGCAGACGGAGGGUACACGAACGGUCUCGUGGAUAUGGACGACGAAGGGCGCACGGAGCGGUGACGACGAUGAGGAUGAGCAGGAAAUGCUGCGCAUCGAGUGGUGCCAGACGCGUGCUCGCGCGCACAGGUUUACAGAGGAAGCCCAGCUGCUUCAGGAGGAGAUGAGGCGGGUAUUGCAGUACCACGACUGGCAAAGAAACUGGUGGACGGAGCGCGCUGAUGCUUGGGAAGGCCGCUCAGCAGAGCAUCGGGAAGGGUUGGUCGCGUACGCUCAUCGUCAGGCACACAUACGAGCCUCCAUGAGAGCUCUCUGUCAGAAAGCGUGGGCCAGUACCGCUGAAUGGUUAUUGUUAGGUGCAACGCUAGAAGAGGACUAA